UGGGCGUGGCGUGUGAAAUAGGUGUGGAGGGAAGAGUUCUUUUUAAGCGUUUCCAACCUGUGUCGACACAGGAAGUUGUCCGAUUUCAUUUGACAGGGACAAAACUUAAUUCGAUCACCGCUUUUUUGCUUUUUAACAGCACAAACGUUGAUCUUUUACUGAUAACCAAAGAGGGUUGCAGAGGAUCUCGAGGGUUCGUAUCUUGUUGGUUUGGAGCGUCGUUGAGGAUGUAUGCUGCGAGAUACGACGGCCAUAGUGACCGCAACGAGCGGAUCGACUUCUUAACCAGCAAAGAGAAAGCCUCAUCCAAGCGGAAGCUCGGCACUGUGAUCGGGAUUCUGGUGGCAGUCCUCAUCCUUGCUGCUGUGGCUGCUUUCCUAAUUUGGUUUUUUGUCUUUAAGGAUGCUGAAGAAGCCACCAUCAGUCAGCAGCUAAAACCUAAGACGCUGAUGUUCAGCGGCCACAUGACGAUACCCAAUGCCGAAUACAAACAGGAACUGGAGGACACCAGCAGCCCUGAAUUCGAAGAACUGGCAGUCAAACUGGAAGCAAUUCUUGAGGAAAACCUGAAGAAGGAUCCGUUGCUCGCUGACUACUACACAAAGUCUGUUGUCACGGCAUUCAGUGAGGGUGUGAUCGCUUACUAUUGGUCCCAAUUUGAUGUCCCAAAAGAGGACCUCGAGGUUGUGCCAGAGAUUUCCGAAGAGCUGGUGUCAGAGACCUUGGAGAAGGGAAUAAAGGAGCAGCAAAGCACGAGGAGCUCUGGUCCGCUCAAGAUCAGUGAAAUCACGGCCACACUCACUGACCCCCGCAUGGCCAGGAACCCCCGAGCUCCAGAAGAAUGUUUCUUCCGCCUGGAGGCCGAAGAAACGGCGUCCGAAUUUUCCUCUCCGGGGUACCCCAGCAGCUACCCUCCGCAAUCCCGCUGCCAGUGGCAAAUCCGAACCUCGGCCACCAAGGUCAUCUCCGUGGCCUUUCCAUUCUUCCACGUGGAGGACGACUGCUCCGAUGACUUUGUCUCCAUUUAUGAUUCCUUGAGUCCUGACGAUUCUCAAGCUAUCACAGAGAAAUGUGGUCACAGACCCCCAUCCAACCCUCUGGAGGUGGUCUCAUCCGGUAACAUCAUGCUCAUCAACCUAAUAACCGAUAGUGAGGUCCAGCGGCCCGGCUUUAAGGCAUUGUACAAAGCCAUCCCUAAAUCUGAAGUCAAGACCUGUGGCAGCGUCCUGACUGCAAGCUCAGGAGUCUUCACCUCCCCUCUCUACCCGAGUUUCUAUCCUCCUGCUGUGGAUUGCAAGUGGACCAUUAAGGUCGCUCCCGGGAAAAAGGUGCGUGUGAAAUUCACCCUGUUCCGAAUGAAAGAGCCUGGAGUGGAUGUUCGUUCAUGUCACAAAGAUUAUGUGCAAGUUAUGGGCAAAAGGUAUUGUGGCGAGCUGACCUCGUUGGCCCUAACCAGCAACACUAACACCUUAGAAGUGAGGUUCCACUCGGACGAGUCGUACACCGACAAAGGCUUCAGCGCUGAAUACAUAGCCUACGAUCCCGGAAACCCUUGCCCCAACAUGUUUGCCUGCGCUUCCGGUAUUUGCAUCGCCAGAGAACUCAACUGUGACGGCUGGAACGACUGCGGUGAUAUGAGCGACGAGAUGAAAUGCCAAUGUGGCGAGGGCCAAUUUAACUGCUUCAACGGUUUGUGCAAACCUAAACUGUGGGUUUGCGAUCGCGUUAAUGACUGCGGGGACAACAGCGACGAGGAAGGCUGCAGCUGCGAGCCAAACGAAUGGCGCUGCGGGGAUGGAACGUGUUUGCCUCAGGACGUCGUAUGCGAUACCAGGAUGGACUGCGAGGACGGCAGUGACGAGGCCUCGUGUGAAACCUCCCCGGGCAUCUGCUCCGACUUCAGCUUCAAGUGCAAGAGCGGCGACUGCGUUAAUAAAGUCAACGCCGAAUGUGACCGCGUCGACGACUGCGGCGAUCACUCAGACGAGGCCGGCUGUAAUUGCGGUACCAGGCCGUAUAAACUGAAUCGUAUCGUGGGAGGCCAAAACGCCGAGCUCGGGGAAUGGCCUUGGCAGGUCAGCCUGCACUUUCUGACCUACGGGCACGUUUGCGGGGCCUCCAUCAUCUCGGAAAAGUGGCUCCUUUCGGCUGCCCACUGUUUUGUUACCCACGACCCAGCAAAUCACAUUGAGGCCAACUGGCAAACGUACAGCGGUAUGCAGGACCAGUACAGGCAAGAUGACGUCCAGCGCCGUUCCGUGAAGAGGAUCAUCAGCCACCCGGAUUAUAACCAGAUGACCUUUGACUAUGACAUUGCCCUGCUGGAGCUCAGUGAGCCUCUGCAAUUGACGAAUACUAUCCAACCCAUCUGCCUACCCGCUCCCUCCCACGUCUUCCCUGCAGGCAUGUCCUGCUCGGUCACGGGUUGGGGUGCGAACCGAGAAGGAGGUCAAAAGACGCAGCUUCUACAGAAGGCGUCGGUGAAAAUCAUCAACGACUCGGUGUGCAACGUCGUCACGGAGGGCCAGUUGACCUCGCGGAUGCUCUGCAGUGGAUUCUUAGCCGGAGGAGUCGAUGCAUGUCAGGGAGACUCCGGAGGCCCCCUCGUGUGUUUUGAGGAGAGCGGCAAGUGGUUCCAGGCUGGGAUAGUGAGCUGGGGUGAAGGCUGCGCUCGCCGCAACAAGCCCGGUGUCUACACUCGUGUCACCAAGCUGAGAAAAUGGAUCAAAAAGGAGUCGGGGGUUUGAUCAUGUGACAACGAGCGGGAGGGAUGACGAGCUUGGAAGGUCGAACUAAAAGACAUGGAGCAUUCCCAUCUGUAUUUUCUUGAGCGGCAGCGACAGACUGAGGAGCCAAUACGUGGACCCAGAUCCUCAUUUCAAUGAGUCCAAGCACUUUUUUUUCUGGUAUUAGCCCUCCUCCCAAGCCAACAGUGACACACACACACAUUGGCCACAUUUGCUAUUGUAAUCAACCACUGUAUCUUAUCAUUGUUUACAGAUUAAAAUUUCCUCACCAAAGAUAAAAAUCUAAAUAUGAACCAUGAGUAUUGUCUGCAUUUUGCCAAUAUUUGGGCAUUGGAGUCACUAAGAUGUAACGUUUUUUUAAGUGCUUUUCAGGAGAUUUGACCUCUGUUUUUUUUAUUUCUUGUUUUUAGCUAACAAAUAGGAACUCGUAAUGGUUGUUUAAUAGCCUUUAUGUCACUGUAGAGUUUUUUUUUCAGGGGGUGGAAAGGCACUGUCCAAAGUUGGAAAAUCUUGUCACCUUAUUAACAUGCCUGUGAGAGGUAAAAUCUGUCAAGCGUUGGAAAAUCACCAAACUUGAUGUUCAGGGCCAUUUUGGAAAUACCCAUUAGAAAUUCUGUGGAUCUGUUACAUAGUUUGUGAGCUAUAUUUGUUGGUCCACAGUUAUGGCUGAGCUUUCAUUCUUUUCAUCCAUAUCUUUUCUUAAUGUGAAAUUGGCAAAAAGUUUAUUUUACAAUCCAGCUACAUGAUUUUAAUUUGGUGAAAAUGUGAUGUAUAUUAGUUUUAUUAGUAACUUUUAAACCUUUUAAAGUAUUUAGGAGAAUAAACAAUCCCGGAAUGAACAUUGGUUUUCAAAGAAUUUACUAUAGACCAAUAUUUUUGUACACUAUGUGGCAGCGAUAGUACAGGCAUAGUUUUACUUUUUUUUUGUGCAAGUUCAACAAUAAACAAUUCUGAUUGUCUUCCCCAA